UCAGUUCGCAACACGGGAGAGAAAAGGAGAUCGGGGAGCUGACAUAAUGAAACAGGGAGUGGAGGGGGGACUCCAUAAAAACACACACCGAGACCAUGUUGAGGCAGCAGAGGUUGUUUUGUUGCCUGAACAAUACUUAGCCACAGAGACUACUAAUCAAUACAACAGACCGCCUGUCACAUAAACUACACCAAGUCUGAGUGGAUAUUGAGUGAGAACAAAUGAGAAGGCGAUUCAGCUGUUUUCCUUCAUGCAAUCAGGACUGAGAGAGGACAAGCAGAGGAGAGUGAGCACAAGUUUGCAGGCUUGAGAGUGUGAGAAAGCUUUGGAGAGACAGAGGGAGACAGAGGAGAGAGCUUCACCCUGGCUUUUCUCUGCUGCGCCUGGAGAGAGAGGCGUGUCCACGGACCAGUAUAAAGUCCAAAGAGAGCUGCUUGCUUUGAGGCAUUCUCAGAAGACGGUCUUUCGUGUUGCACACAGACAAGAGGAAGAAAUUGUGGCUCUGACAUUUUUUUUUAUUGAUGACAGCUUUGCAAGUGGACACUUGUUGACUAAGUAUUUUUGGUGCUUCCUCAAAAGGUGGACAAUACUUACCUGAAGAAACCACUUGUAUCCUUCAACCUCAACUAAGACAUAGUUUUUUAUCACCCAAACCUUGGCUAGCUGAUAAAAGGCAGGCUCCAGUUUCUGCACUGUGAAAUUGAAACAGAACAACAGAGAGGGAAUACAGCAGAGGCAUUGUGUCCCCGUCCAGCUGAAAUAUCAAAGAAUUCUGGAUAAAUUGUUCCUGUAAAGCCUUCUUUGUCCGUCUAAAAUCUAUCUGAGAGGAAAAAUCAUCAAAAGCAAAGUCAAGGGAGGGGUGAACCUGAGAGGAUCCUUUACAAAGGGCAAAGGACUAAGUGCAGGUGUCUGAGCUGUCAUGGUGCGAAGACGUGGCGUGGCUCCGACCUACUGGGGCCUGUGGACAUUCGGCGCCCUGUCGUUGGCGGCGCUGUGCCUGUCGGAUCAGGCCAUCCGCUGUCCAGUGUGCUCUGAAGAGAGGCUGGCCAGUUGUCAUCUGCCCGAUGGCUGUGAGGAAACAGUGCGCGAGCCUGGCUGCGGCUGCUGCCCCACCUGUGCGCUCCCUAAAGGGGCUCACUGUGGUGUAUACUCACCCCGGUGUGGCACUGGCCUCCGAUGCUACCCACCACGUGGGGUAGAGAGGCCGCUACACUCCCUGAUGCAUGGCCAGGGCAUCUGCACGGAUGAGAGGGAGGUGGAGGAGAACUCAGCAGACAGACAGGAGGAGAUCAUCCCUGAACACCCCAACAACAGCAAUAUCCGCUGCAGUCCACAGGACAAGCGCUGCAUACAGAAGACCAUGGCAAGGCACCCUAUGAAAUCCACAAAUCUGAGAAGCAACAGCGGCAGAGAGGAUACCAAGCCAGUGCUGGCGCCGUGUCGUGCUGAACUGCAAAGAGCACUGGACAGAUUGGCAUCUAACAGCCGCACCCAUGAUGACCUCUUCACCAUCCCCAUCCCCAACUGUGACAAGAAUGGAGAUUUCCACCCAAAGCAGUGCCAUCCCGCACGUGACGGCCAUCGGGGAAAGUGCUGGUGUGUGGAUCCGAAGACGGGGAUGAGGCUGCCAGGGCCCCUGGAGCUGAGAGGGGAUCUGGACUGCCACCAGUUAAUGACUGCAACCCUAAAGGACUAAGCAAGGCGGAAAAUGGACAGUUUGGGUUUGCUGGACCAGCUCAAUUUUCUGGUGCUGUUAGUAGAACCAUAUGAAUAAAAGAACUGCAUACUUUAGCCUUCCUCUACCAAAGGCAAACUGGGGUUGAGGAAGUUGCACAACAAAAAAAGGAUACCAUUAAACUGAGUUAUUUUACUACUAUGUUUUCGUAUGUGAGACAAAGUGAUUUGAGUCUUUUGAGCACUUGUCUUGUUUUGUUCCUACCAUGUGAGCUUAAGACAGACCGUCUUUAAACAUGUGCGCUUUAAAAUGGUAGAAAAACAAAACACACUUCGACAGAAAGGGGCUGUAUAUGUGAUUCAUGUAAGAAUUACAACCUCUUCUGUGUAAUCUGCUUAAAAGUGACAAAAAAGCAUUUACUCCAUUGAAGUAUAGCUGUAAAAAAAAACAAAAAAAAACAGGAACUGUGGAUUGUCUUUUCCUUUUUUUUCUGGAGCACUAGUUUAGGUAGAAACGCAGAAUCAGGACAAUCCAGAAACACUUAGUUUUAAAGAUAGCUACAGUUUAUUCUGCAAUUGUUUUUUUUAUUAUUAUAUGAUACAUAUU